UUUUGGUAUUGAACGGACGUGCCAUUUUAAGUCAGCAGGGCGCGCGCACUCCACAAUAUACAGAUCCACAUAACACACAGUCCCGUGGCGGCUUCAGGCAGCGGGCCCGGGGGACUAAAAUGGGCAGCAACGCCGCGGCCGUGAUCUCCGCCAUGAUCACCAGCCAGGUGUACCCGCAGCUGUACUACCCGCCACCCGCGCGCACCGUCGCCCGGCAACGCAUGGAGGAGCACGAGCGGGAGUCAGAGGCGCCAGGGACGUCCGCCAAGGGGACCAGCCAAGCCAUCGGGAUUUUCCAGAUUACUCUCGGCAUAGGCAUCAUCGUAACGUUGUUGCUCACAAUUAUGAUCAGCCAUUUCAGCGUGCUCAAUUUUGUGAUGUCCAUGACUUCUAGUAUUGUGUACAUGACCAACGGAACUAUGUCUUGCUGCAGAUGGAGAUGUAUGGCAGGAGUGAAGCGACGUCGUGGGGUGAUCAGGGCGACCAUCGUCAUGACGACCCUCGGACUGCUGAUGGCCCUCACCAGCAUCGUCUUCUACUGCCUGAGCUUCGGCGGGUGGCACGGAGGGCCCUGCAUGGCGCUGUACUGCCACUACAAGGACAUAAACCCGAUGCCUGUCCUGAUAAUGCUGCUGUUCCUGACCAUCUUGGAGCUGGGGUUUGCCAUCAUGACGGCCGUUCUCAUCUGGAACCAUCACGUCGAUGAGCUCGACCUUGUGGCCUUUAGCCAAGAAGGAUGGAGGGAUGGAGAGAGGGGGGACGACAACGGGAAGCCGCUGAGGGCCACCUCUCCCUCCGCCAGUCCUUAGACCCAUGGAAGCCAGCAGUUGUGACAUCUCUGCCUUCCUCUGGUGGUUUAGACCCAAUCACUCUGUAUAUCAUUUAUUUCUUAAAUGGUGGCCAUUUCACUACCCCCCACUAAAUCCAGUUGGGCAUGGUGACCCUUCAAGUCAUUUCAGGCCUACUCGUCAUAAUAUGUAGCGAGAGGUUGUAUAACCCGCCUCAUUCCAUAUCUUUUUUUUUCCCUUUCAGUUUGCCGUUUUGAAUGAUUUGUGCCAGGUGAGGGUUUGCAGCAGAGGUUAUGUCAACAUCACACAUUAAAUAAUAGGACACAGGUUUUUAUUUUCUACCUAUAUUCUAGUGAAUACUGGCUGAACAUUUUUACGGGUCGGGUGUAGUCAACCUUGGUGAGCGCAUUACGUAGGACGAUGCCGUACUUUUUACAAAAAGGUGGCUACACCUUUAGCUUCUCAGGCUUUUCCUCUCUUCUUUCAGUGGACGGAGAAAAGAAGGGAGGGGGUAGAGGGUGUUGCUUCAUUCACAAAACCUUCACCACUUGGUCUCUCGGCCAAUGACCCUUGGCAACAGGACAGGGCGUUGGCCAAUGAGAGGCGCGCAGCUAGAACGGGCGAGGAGAAAAGCAACACCCGCAUGAACCGUUCCGUUUCCCACAGUUUUCAUUCUUCGCCCUGUGGUACUGUCAUAUCAGCGGUACUACAGUAGCCUAUGGUACUGUCAUACCCUAUGGUACGACCGUAGGGAGUGGUACCGUAGCUAGUGGUACGGUCAUAGCCUAUGUACUACCGUAACUAGUGGUACGGUCAUAGCCACUUAUCACUGUCGUAGCCUGUGGCACUACCCAGUAAGCACAGUUUGUCGCUGUGACAUCUGCGCGAUGUAGCCUAAUCAAAUUUACCGGGAAGACGUUGUAUUUGAUCACUGGCCCUACAUCGCCGUGACUUCGCUGUUGGAAGGUCUAGCAUCUAGAGCGGUUGCUCGCUGCUUGCAGCGCUCUAAAUACAACGUCGCCCCGAUUCAUUUAAUUCAACUGUAUUCUGGGCAAUUUAUGUGCGCUUACCGGCCCUACACUGCCGCGAUGUCGCUGUUUGAAGGUGUAGCAUUUACAGCUACCAUAGUACUACCGUAGCUUGUGGUACUAUCAUAGCCUGUGUCACAGUGUGGUGCGACCAUAGCGUGGUUCUCGGACUACUGGCCUACCUCUAUUUGGCCUUUAUUUGCUGUUAAUGUAUGGUGAAUUUUCCCAGUUUAAUCUUGUAGAUGUAUUGGUAUCAGCAAACAUCCCCUGUUACCCAAUUCAGAGCGGACCCAGACUAUAAUGCACUGUGUAGUAUACACUAAGAAUGUUUGUUUUCUUGCACUUUAUCGUUGUAUUUAUAAUCGUUUUUGGCACUUUUUAGACUAUAUUACCAACAGUAUUACACUUUUCAAAACAAUAGUAUUUUUUCUAUAAUCUGUUAAGGAGGUGUCUGGGAUCUUUGAAACAAUACGUGUGUUGGUGGCACACACACACACACAUUUCAAUUUUCGAUAAUCCAAUGCGGUUUUUAAGUGGUGAUCCUCUUCAGAGUACAAACCCAAUCAAAGAGUUGCAUUCCUCUAAGGCAAAAAGUACUGGUCCCAAUUAGUUAUAGAGUUUUAUAUACGUUUUUUUAAUGUAUGUAUACCCUUGUAUCAAAUUAGAAUAUACUAAAAUUAAAUGAAAAAUAAUAUUUGUACUUUUUUUGCUGGAAGUAUUUAUUUGAGAACUGCUAUUUUGCAAACAAGUGAUUGAUUUCUUUUUUUUUUAGUAGAGGAUUUUUUAUAACAUAGGCCUAAGUUACUGUUUUUGCGUAUUUGGACGAGCUAUUUAGCGACGUCUUCACGUUGAUAUACAUUUUAUGACAAUAUGACAACUGUUAUGAUGUUAUUUCACAGUGUAAGCGUGCUUGCUGCUUUUUCAUAUCAGAGCUGCGUUCAAGAAGACUGACGUUGAAGAGCAAACGUAUUAAAAGAAAUUCCCCGUUAGCUUAGCUUAUGUUCGACACGUUCAUCGACAGUCGGGUAUGUCGGUUGUCAUUUAAGUGUUCUUCAGAUAACUAGAUAUAUAUCUAAGUUAAUUUUUUAAUUGUUUUCAAGGUAGCUGUAACAUGAAAGCUAUCUAUAUCAGCUCUGUAUAUUAGUUAGCUGGGUAGCUAGUUGUUUACCUACUUUGUAGCUCGCGAUUACGAUUACUUACCGUAAUUACCCUCUGUUUAUUGAAAUCCAUCCUUAUGUAAAACGUGGUAGUGGCGAACUAAUCGUUCAACAACCACCGUCAUAACGACGAAUCUUGCUUGGCACAUCCGCCUUGAUGAACGCAGCUCUGAGCAAUGUUAAAGGCCAUUUUAUACUAUAUAUACAGUGCCUUCUGAAAGCUUUGGCCUCUGCGCAAGAGUGGCUCAUCUUUUUGUGUGAAAGAGGACGAUUUUAUGUCAUUUAUAAUAAUAUAAAAAUGUUUAGCCUGAAAAAAGUAUAAAUGUUUGGCACAACCCAAAACCACCCGGUAAUGCCAGAACGGUGAUGGCAGCCUCAUUGUUAUGAGGUUGCUUUUCAGCAGGUGUGGUUGGGAGACUAGCUGCCAUCAAGGGCAAGAUGGAUAGAUCCAAAUACAAGAAUGUCCUCGAGGAGAACCUAUUUUUGUCUGCAAGAGAUCUGUGUUUAGAGUGAAGAUUCAUGUUCCAGGAGGACAAUGACUCAUGGCACGCUGGAGACACUACAAAGGAAUUGCUUUAAAACGAGGGCAGUAUUCUGGAUUGACCCAGACAAAAAGCGAAAUCUGUGCCAUGACCUGAAAAUUUCUGCCACUGUCUGCUUGCUGUGCAGAGUUGGAGAACAUUUUCACAGAAGAAUGGGGGAAAAAAAGAAAGAAUAAUCGAAAUGUGCAAAGCUCAGUAAUGACAAGCUUGCUGCCAAAGGUCUAUCUACAGUGAGGCAUUGACUAGGUAAAUAAAAAAAAUGUUUUGCUUCAUAAAUGUGUUGAAUGUAUGAUGCUGGCGAAGGGGAAAUUAUUUCAACACAUUCAAAUUUUAAGGUGUAAACAGGGAAAUGUGAAAAAGGGUGAAGGAGUUCAAUAUCUUUUGAUGGCUGUCUACAUGUUGUGAUAUCUGUGUUACAUGUAUCACAUUGAAGUUAUAUUACUGUGUGUUUGCUAUUUAGCCUGAUGGUAAUAAAACGUGUAAAAGGCA